UAUAAUUAGUGACCUUGUGCCUAUAACCUUCUUCCUCCCCCUCCCCCAGCUUCUCCUUCCCCUUCUCGCUUUCCCGAUUACUCUAGUUCAUCUUCUCUGAAGCUCUUCCUAUACAGAAGCUAGCACAAAGCUCUGCCUGAUGCAGGUUCAUCACUCAUGAAUUCAAGCUAGCUUAGCUGGUAAUUACUAGUUUGUUCAUCGUCUUAGUUAUUAAUUUCUUCCCGUUACACGUAAUAGUACCCUUAGAUCUCGAUUCAUGGUACACAAAUAGAAGAAGACUUGAUUUCUUGCCGUUUCUUGAAACUCCAGAUCAUUUCUAGCUAAAUACAAAUCAUCUACAGUUCCAUAGAUCUCUGCUCCUCCACUGAAAUAAUCCUUGUACUUGAUGGUCUUCUCCAUUCUCCCUUGGUUCUUCUCUCCCUUUGAUUCCCAAAGUUCUUAUGUCAUAGGGAACCACGUGUAGGUGUAGCUCCAAGCAAGUGCACAACCCUCUAUAUAUGCUUAGUACAAGCACCAAAUCCGCACCUCAAACUGCUCAACGUGUACUACCUCUGCAUCCUUGCUCUUUUCUAAUCGUCGCAGCUGCCUCGCCGAUUUGUUUCCUUCUACCUCGCCACCUGCCUCGGCCCCCUACAUGAUGCAGUUCACGCAUACUGCGCCACCUCCACCGCCUCUCCACCCUAAUAAUGGCCAUGGACUAGGGUUAGGACUGUUCCUUGACGUCGGCGCGCUGAGGGCACGGCCGUGGCCGGGGAGCUUCUCGACGCCGUCGUCCAAGAUCUCCCUCGGCAACCUCAACAGCACCAGCUGCAUGGAGCAGCUGCUGGUGCACUGCGCCAACGCCAUCGAGGCCAACGACGCCACGCUGACGCAGCAGAUCCUGUGGGUGCUCAACAACAUCGCGCCACCGGAUGGGGACUCCAACCAGCGGCUCACGGCGGCGUUCCUCUGCGCGCUCGUCGCGCGCGCGUCCAGGACCGGGGCGUGCAAGGCGGUCACCGCGGCUGUCGCGGCCGCGGUUGAGUCGGCCGCGCUCCACGUGCACUGCUUCACGGCCGUCGAGCUCGCCAGCUUCAUCGACCUCACGCCGUGGCACCGGUUCGGGUACACGGCCGCCAACGCCGCCAUCCUGGACGCCGUGGAGGGCUUCCCCGUCGUGCACGUCGUCGACCUCGGCACGACCCACUGCAUGCAGAUCCCAACGCUCAUCGAUAUGCUCGCGGGCCGCGCUGAGGGCCCCCCGAUCCUCCGGCUUACCGUCGCCGACGUCGCGUCCAACGCGCCGCCGCCCGCCCUCGACAUGUCCUACGAGGAGCUCGGCGAGAAGCUCGUCAAUUUUGCGCGAUCCCGCAACAUGUCCAUGGACUUCCGGGUGGUGCCCACCUCGCCUGCUGACGCGUUCACGUCCCUGAUCGACCAGCUCAGGGUGCAGCAGCUAGUCUCGGAUGGGAGCGAGGCGCUCGUCGUGAACUGCCACAUGCUACUGCAUACCGUCCCGGACGAGACGGCGGGGUCGGUCAGCCUGGCGCAGCCGGUUUCGCUCCGGACCAUGCUCCUCAAGUCCCUCCGGAUGCUCGACCCGAGCCUGGUCGUGGUGGUGGAGGAGGACGCCGACUUCACGGCGGGCGACGUGGUGGGUAGGCUGCGCGCGGCGUUCAACUUCCUGUGGAUCCCGUACGACGCAGUGGACACGUUCCUGCCCAAGGGGAGCGAGCAGCGGCGGUGGUACGAGGCGGAGGUGGGGUGGAAGGUGGAAAACGUGCUGGCGCAGGAGGGCGUGGAGAGGGUGGAGCGGCAGGAGGACAGGGGGAGGUGGGGUCAAAGGAUGCGCAGCGCGGGGUUCCGUGCGGUGGCGUUCGGCGAGGAGGCGGCAGGGGAGGUGAAGGCGAUGCUGAACGAGCACGCGGCGGGGUGGGGGAUGAAGCGGGAGGAGGACGACCUCGUGCUCACCUGGAAAGGACACAACGUCGUAUUCGCGUCGGCGUGGUCGCCAUCGUGAAUGUAUUGAUCAGGUGGUCAUCGGGUGUGGCAUAUGCAGUUCAGAAAAUCAGAAGGCAUGAGGCCGACUUGGGAG